GAUGGGGGAGGGGAAGAGGCGAGGGGGGCGGGGCCGAGUGGGAGCUGGAGUCUGAGGCGGCAGUGGUGGCGGCAGCGGCAGCGACAGCGGCAGCAGCGGGAGUAGCGGAGACGGCGAUGUCGGUGCAGGUCGUGUCAGCAGCUGCUGCCACCAAGGUGCCCGAGGUGGAGCUGAAGGACCUGAGCCCCCCGGAUCCCGAGCCGCAGCUCGGGAUGAGCGCGGCAGCCGUGGCCGCCAUGGCCCCUCCGGCGGGCGCCGGGGACCCCGAAACUCCGGCCCCGGCCCCGGCCCCGGCCCCGACCCCGGCCCUUGCUCCGGCUCUGGCUCCGGCUCUGGCCCCGGAGCGGGCCCCAGCCCCCGGCCCCGCCGUUCUCAGCCCCGCCGCCGCCCCUCCAGCCGGGAAGGUGCCGCAGGCGUCGGCCAUGAAGCGAAGCGACCCGCAUCAUCAGCACCAGCGACAUCGCGACGGCGGUGAGGCCCUGGUCAGCCCCGACGGCACAGUCACCGAGGCGCCUCGCACGGUCAAGAAGCAGAUCCAGUUUGCUGACCAGAAGCAGGAAUUCAACAAACGUCCCACCAAGAUUGGACGCCGCUCUCUGUCCCGUUCCAUCUCUCAAUCAUCUACUGAUAGCUACAGUUCAGCGGCUUCAUACACAGAUAGUUCUGAUGAUGAGACUUCUCCACGGGACAAGCAGCAAAAGAACUCCAAGGGGAGCAGCGACUUCUGUGUCAAGAAUAUCAAACAGGCAGAGUUUGGCCGGCGAGAGAUUGAGAUCGCAGAGCAAGAGAUGCCAGCACUGAUGGCUUUGAGGAAGAGAGCUCAAGGAGAGAAACCUUUGGCUGGAGCCAAGAUUGUGGGCUGUACUCAUAUCACUGCUCAGACAGCGGUCCUCAUGGAGACUCUGAGUGCUUUAGGGGCCCAGUGUCGAUGGGCUGCCUGUAAUAUCUACUCUACCCUCAAUGAAGUGGCUGCUGCUCUUGCAGAAAGUGGGUUUCCUGUCUUUGCUUGGAAAGGAGAAUCAGAAGAUGAUUUCUGGUGGUGCAUUGACCGCUGUGUGAAUGUAGAAGGGUGGCAGCCCAACAUGAUCUUGGAUGAUGGAGGGGACCUAACCCAUUGGAUUUACAAGAAGUAUCCCAACAUGUUCAAGAAAAUCAAGGGUAUAGUGGAAGAGAGUGUUACUGGAGUUCAUAGGCUGUACCAGUUAUCCAAGGCUGGGAAGCUGUGCGUGCCAGCCAUGAAUGUCAAUGACUCAGUCACCAAACAGAAGUUUGACAACCUGUAUUGCUGCCGGGAGUCCAUUCUUGAUGGGCUUAAAAGGACAACAGACAUGAUGUUUGGUGGGAAGCAAGUGGUAGUUUGUGGCUAUGGAGAGGUGGGAAAGGGGUGCUGCGCCGCCCUGAAGGCCAUGGGUUCCAUUGUGUAUGUGACUGAAAUUGACCCCAUCUGUGCCCUGCAGGCCUGCAUGGAUGGAUUUCGACUUGUGAAGUUGAAUGAGGUCAUCCGGCAGGUAGACAUUGUCAUCACCUGUACAGGUAAUAAGAAUGUGGUGACAAGAGAACACUUAGACCGCAUGAAGAACAGCUGCAUUGUUUGUAACAUGGGACAUUCCAAUACCGAGAUUGACGUGGCAAGUCUUCGUACCCCAGAGCUGACCUGGGAGCGGGUGAGAUCUCAAGUUGAUCAUGUAAUCUGGCCAGAUGGAAAGAGAAUAGUGCUCUUGGCAGAGGGCCGCCUGCUGAACCUCAGCUGCUCAACAGUGCCUACAUUUGUGCUCUCCAUCACUGCCACCACUCAGGCUCUGGCCUUGAUAGAGCUUUACAAUGCCCCUGAAGGACGCUAUAAACAAGAUGUCUACCUGCUGCCCAAGAAAAUGGAUGAGUAUGUGGCAAGCCUUCAUCUUCCCACCUUUGAUGCCCACCUGACUGAACUGACAGAUGAGCAGGCCAAGUACCUGGGCCUCAACAAGAAUGGGCCCUUCAAACCCAACUACUACAGAUAUUAAGUUCCUGUAACUGAAGCCAGAAGACGUUUUAAGGAACAGGACCCCAAUUCUUUUCUCCUCUACUGUACAGGACAAAACCCAGCAAGCUGCUUCCCUGGUCAGAGCUGCCAGCCAUGCUCACCCCAUAGACCAUGUGUUAGAUUAUUUAUUUAUUAAAACUAGAAUCCUGUGCCCUCAGCCUCAGCCCAUGGUGUGGUUACUGCCCUGAGGGCUGUGAGAGCCACAGAGGAUGGGCUGGGAGGAAGGAAGGAAGGAAGGAAGGAAGGAAGGAAGGAAGGAAGGAAGGAAGGAAGGAAGGAAGGAAGGAAGGGUGUGGGGAAUCUCCUCACUCCCCCACCCCCUGCAUCUUCAGCAUCAUUCUCCAUUAGUUUUUAAUUUUUUGUGAUGGCCAUGUGUCUGUUGUCCAGGGUACUUUUAUCAUUCAGGGAUUCCAGAGUCUUUGUUCCUUAGGGACUUGGGGGGGGGGGGUGUGACAGAUCUUCAGUAGCUGACCCUCUUAUCCUUCCCCAGGUCAGGCCUCUGGAAAGCCACUUAAUCAGCAUGGCCCCAGUGCCUCAGCCUUGGCCAGCACUAUCACUGCCUUCUCUGAAAAAGCUAUUGAGAGGGAAGGGUGACAGCUUCAGUGAACCCCACAAAAAUUCAGCUCUACCUGCCUCUACUGGGGGUCCCCUUCCUUAUCUAAGACUCUUUCUAAUAUGUUUGUGACCAUUUGGACAUUGAUUCUCAGGAGACUGUGCCUCCAUGACUUUCUCAGCAGCUCUGGUAUUGCUUGGAUCUUUUUUUUUAAACCAGCUUUCCAAAUCAACCAAAGCUCUGCUCAGGAAGUGGGAACCAAAUCCAUGAGGGUCUGUCACUGUUCUUAUGCCAUAUGGUUGGAUAGCAUCUCAGGAAGCCCCUCUAGGCAAAAUUGGAAUGAUCUCUGAGAAGAAUUUGGAAGACCGUUUCUCCCUUUCUUCCUGCUGCUGCCCAGAAUUGCCUCUGAGAUUGAGAAAGGAAAGAAUAUGCAUUCCUCAGGCAGCUAAAGUAUGUUUGAAGUUCAGAAAUGGACUCCCAGGCUCUCAGACCUGCAGCUUAGAAAAUAUGGGACUUUCUAAAGGGGCUAGGAGUUUCUGUCUCCUGGGGGAUUUUCAGUUUGAUUAACUGGCCGAGCUAUUUAUAAGUAUCACUGGUCAUCUGUGUCCAGGGGAUAACAGCUAGUUUGGUUAGUUUUUCUUCAUCAAACAUUUAUCCUUAUGGCCAUUAUCACUGAUGGAGCCAAAUCCAGUUUCUCUGCUCUCAGACUUGUGUCCUUUCUUCUCUGCCUGGCCUCUUCCUUCUCUUUUUCCCAUCCCCAUUCACCUGUUAACUCUAAGAAUCCUGUUGCCUGUCAUCUAGGAGCAAUUUCUGGGGCAACCCCAAUAUCAAGUAGACUUUAUCAUGGGACUCCGUAACUCAUUCCAUUGGCAGGUUCAGCUUUGGUUCUUCCCUAGAAAUGUCCAGUGCUGUUACUAGUCUGGACUAGGGUGGGCCUUGCAAGGGUCUGGUUAGUCUGAAGGAACCAGGUAGGAUUAAUGUCAGUGUUAUGGUGGAUCUAAGGUGUCCCCAGCUGUCUUUGACUAUUUGAGAACUUCAGUCCUCUCCAAAAAUGACCAUAAACAAUCAGUUUGGUUUUAGAAUUCAUCGGGACUACUUCUGUUCCUUCAGAUCAGAUUUGACCCGGGUCAGCUUUCCCAGGGCUACACUAACCUAGUUCUCUUGCCCUACUCCAUCCCUUCAGGACUUACCUAGUCUUCAUCUUUUACCCUCAGGGCCAGCCUGGAAGUGACCUUACCUUUGGGCAUAUGGAGAGGAGAAGCUUAGUCAAGUGAUCAUUCACUGCAGUAAAAUAAAUUUAUUUGGUUAUAAUCCACAAACCCUGGUCCUUCAGGGUGAUAUUAGCAAUUUUUAGAGAAAUCCCACUUUAUGCUUUUGGUACUUUAGGGUAUCCCCUCUGAACUUUAUUGCAUUUCCCUCUAAGGAAGAUCAUAAAAAAUGUCUAGAUUCUUCAGCAGAUGGUUCCUUCUCUCCUGUUCCCUAUACCCCAUCUCCUCUACUUGUUUCUGUGUUUUUUAGGUACUUAUUGGUCCCCUGGUUCUCCCAGACAGAGCAGAUUCCAUCUGUCAGGUACCUUGGACUCCGAUAUUCCUUGAAUCAGAAGCCCCAGUCUAAUUCUAGUCUACUGUUCUCCAGGGCCUGGCUCCUUGUGGAGCCUUGUACCUUGAACAUAAAGAUCAUGGACUAGCCAUCUUUGUUAAGGAAGCCCUUUGUGUUAUACAUUACUUUAGAUGAGUACAGUGGUGCCCUAGGUUCCCAGGUUAAGUGGCUAAUGCUGUCAUCUGGAGUAGUCUGAGUUUUAAAAAGCCUCUCUCAAUAUCUCCUGGAGCCCUGACCCAUUAGCCCCAGAUAGGAGCCAAGAACAGGUGCCCUUAGUUUCAGGUUUGGGAGCACCCUUUGUUGUCUGCCUUGAGUUUGGGACCUCUAUCAGAUCAUUGUUUCAGGUGCACAGCCUAGUUAUCUGGGAACAGGGGAAAGAGUUACUUGCUCUGUGUCUGGCUCAAGCAUGUUGGAGGUGCUGCUCUCAUCAUUGAACUUAUCGAUUCUCAACCCUUCUUUUAACUUCUAUGUAGAUAUUUAUUUUUUUUUAAUAAGAAAAAGCAAAACUGAAUAUCCCACCUCCCCUCCCACUUCUGAGCACAGCUCUCCAUAGCCAUGCACUCCUCUAAAGCUUUUUCUGCUGCUGGCUUCUCCCUCAACAGAUCGAGAAUUGCUGCUAUGCUCCUAUGGUUGUCUCAGCAUUAACUCUGUCAUGAUUUUUAAAAAGAAAUCAAAAUGCAUUGUUGCAUAAAGCUUUUUAAUUAAAAGAAUUAGGAAAGGAAAAUAGGCAACACCAGCAAAUUAUCUGUGGACAAGUCAUUCAAUUCUGAACUAAAUAUAUAGAUAGAUAGAUAGAUACAUAUAUAUCACAUAAAAUAAUCAUCUAAUUCUUAUUGUCAUUCUACUAAAAAGAAAUAAAAUCUCUGAGGAUCUACCAUUCCAAAAGACUGUUGGAAAUCUUCAUGUCUAAGUGAUUGUAUUAGAUCAGCAAUAACUAUUCUGUAAUCUCAAAACACAAAUAAAAUGUUCUUAAAUUGA